AUGAAUCCCGCCUGCCUCACCCCGGCCGAGAUACCGUCGCUAACCGUCGACCUGGGCCAGCAGUCAUCCAGAUCUUCUGGAGCAGAUGCUUUUCGCAACAUCUUCAACAAGAACAAUGGUGACAAGGAGGAAAACGAAAACGAUGUCCAAAGAAGAGAGCUUGAGCUCAAGUUCAACCAAGUGCAACGACGAAUCCAAGAAUUGGCUUACCAUGACGUGGGUCGCGAACGAAUCGAAAUCAGCAUAUCGAGCGAAUACGCGCAGGGAGAUGUUGAUAAAGCCGUCGACUACAUCGAUAUUCAGCAGAAGGCGAUACGAGGCGAGAUCAUUCCCUAUAACCCCGAGGUGCACAUGGUAGGCGCCGAAAAUCGGGGCGCGGUUACCUGUUACCUCGAUACUCUUCUCUUCUCCAUGUUCGCGAAGAUGGAUGCAUUUGAAUGCAUGCUGAAGAAUGACUUCCCGGAGGACAAGGCCAAAGAUUCAUUGGUGAAGCUGCUCCGCAUGUGGGUGAACAUGCUUCGCACGGGCCGGUUAAUUGGGACAGAUUUGACCGAAGAGAUACAAAAUUCUCUUGCUGCUUGCGGUUGGCCAGAAGCAGGCCUGCUGGAACAGCAGGAUACCUCUGAGGCCUUUGGUUUUCUGACAGAGACCCUACAACUACCCCUGCUUUCCCUCCAGGUCGAUUUGUUUCAUCAUGGAAAGAAGGACGAUGCCGAUCGCAAAGUAGUAUACGAACGCUUAUUGAACCUCGCCGUGCCCGAAGACCCCCAUGGAAAGGGCGUCAAACUGGAAGACUGCCUGGAAGAGUACUUCAACACGCGAGUGGAGGUCAACAGGGACAGUGAAGAAGCCAAAAUGUCAAAAUUGGAGAAUGGGCCGCUUUUGCGUCGACCGUCAAUGCUGGCUCGCAAUACCAUCAAGAUUCUGACGGAUGGGGUUCCCAGCUCAACAGCGAUGACUGCUUCUCCAUUGGCUGAGACAGCGCCAGUUUCUCAGCCGAAGAGUCAUGAAAUGGAAGCGGAACCGGAAUGCGAGCAUGUUGAAACGCAAAUUGACGUAGAUGUGGCAGAUCAGCCCGGUGAUGCCGGUAGCGGAGGAGAAGAUGCUUCUCUCCUUGAGAAGGCCAAGCGAAAGGGAUCUACUGUAGUCAAAACCGUAACCAUACCUGCAUGGCAGUUCUUCAGGCUUAUACCAUGGCAUUCUCUUGCCAAGAAUGCACCUCAAAACGACACAGAGGUCGCUAUGAACUUUGAUCAGCGACCAGUCGUCGGUAUUUGCCUGAAACGAUACACGUUUUCGGCAAAGGGAGAGCCCAUGAGGCAGAACACGUAUAUUGACAUACCAGACAGUCUUCGACUCCCACAUUUCAUGCUGGCGGAUGGUGCUACAGUCGUGGAGGGCGAGAACAGUACGACCGCCUUGACUGGUGACUAUAAGCUUGUCUUGCAGCGGCAUGACGUCGAUCCGCCCCCGGACUACGAAGAUCCCCAAUGGGUCAAAUUUGAUGACUUGCAGACUCACGGUCGGGUACAAUACGUCGAUGACAUCAAGGUUUCCCUUCGAGAUGAGAUGCCCUACCUGCUCUUCUAUCAAAUUAUUCCCAUUGCCGACGACCCGCCGUCUGACGAGGAUACAGCACCUCCCUCAUACGAGGGAUUCAGGAUGAGCGUUGAUGAACCGACAACGCCUAUGGCCGAGGAGAAUUAUGGCACCGGAGAGUCCAGCGACUGCGCCAUCGAGCAAAGCUCCUAG